AUUUUAGAAAAGAGUCGGCCUAAUUUUGUAAAAUGGAAUACAAAUAAAUAAAAGAAAGAGAAAACCUAAACUUUUCCAUCCUCCUCUCUCCUUCUUCUCCCCGCCUAUUUACCAUUAAGCCCGGCCGUCGCCGUUGUCUUUCUUCCACUCGUGGCGCCGUAAUCUCUCUCCUUCUGAUUUUGCUCUUAUUUUCACCUCUCUUCUUCUUAUGGGAGUAUGCACCAUUUCGGUAUAGAUAAAUAUCUAUACCUAAGGAAAUAAAAUCAACGGUUCCAGACGAGAUACUUGUAUUACGCUGUGUGCUGGGAUUUCGAUAUGGGGAAGAACGACAAGAUGGGGCUAGGUCGGGCUCUUGUGAAGCAACAUAACCAAAUGAUCCAGCAGUCUAAGGAGAAAGGUAGAUUCUACAAAUCUCAGCAGAAGAAGGUUUUGGAGUCGGUCACUGAGGUCAGUGACAUUGAUGCUGUUAUCCAACAAGCAGAUGAGGCCGAGCGCCUCUUCUCUAUCAAUAACCCUACUCCCAACUUUCUUAUCAACUUGGAUGGAAGUUCGAGUAUUAGUGAAAUGACUCCUGCAGAAAGAAGAGAGCAGCAAAAAAUAGAGGAGGCUUUGCACGCCAGCAGUCUACGAGUUCCACGUAGGCCCCCCUGGAAUUCAAAGAUGUCUGCAGAGGAGCUUGAUGAUAAUGAGAGACAAUCUUUCUUAAUAUGGCGUCGAAGCCUUGCGAGGCUUGAGGAGAAUGAAAAUCUUGUUCUUACUCCAUUUGAGAAAAACCUAGAUAUUUGGAGACAGCUUUGGCGGGUUGUCGAGCGAUGUGAUUUGCUUGUGAUGGUUGUUGAUGCUCGAGACCCUUUGUUCUACCGCUGCCCUGACCUGGAGGCAUAUGCAAGAGAAGUUGAUCAACAUAAAAGGACAAUGCUUCUUGUGAACAAGGCAGAUCUGCUGUCUUAUUCAGUCAGGAAGAAAUGGGCAGAAUUUUUCAGUCAGCACGAAAUAUUAUAUCUGUUUUGGUCAGCUAAAGCUGCCUCUGCCGCUCUGGAUGGGAAAAAACUUAGCACCCAGUGGAACACCAAUGAACCCCAGAAUGGUGUGGAUGAUCCUGAUAUGAAAAUAUAUGCUCGAGACGAGCUUCUGGCUCGUUUGCAGUAUGAGGCUGAGCAGAUUGUUGAAAGGAGAACAUCAAGCACUAACUCUACAAGCCGAUCAGAUAAUCUUUCUGUAGGAGGAAAAAUGAAUGAAAAAUCACCAGGUAGCGUCAUGGUGGGAUUCGUUGGGUAUCCAAAUGUUGGAAAGAGCUCGACAAUUAAUGCUUUAGUUGGCCAGAAACGGGCAGGAGUCACCUCUACUCCUGGGAAGACAAAGCACUUCCAAACAUUGAUUAUUUCCGACAAGCUUACACUAUGUGAUUGCCCUGGUUUAGUUUUUCCUUCAUUUUCAAGCUCAAGAUACGAAAUGAUUGCUUAUGGAGUAUUGCCUAUUGAUCGAAUGACGGAGCACAGGGAGGCUAUUCAAGUCGUUGCCAAUCGAGUCCCAAGGCAUGUGAUUGAGGAUGUGUACAAGAUUAAAUUGCCGAAACCAAAACCUUAUGAGCCACAAUCUCAACCACCCCUAGCAUCAGAACUUUUGAAAGCAUAUUGCGUCUCCCGAGGUUAUGUUGCAUCUAGUGGAUUGCCGGACGAAACUAGAGCUUCCCGCCAAAUUUUGAAGGAUUACGUUGAUGGAAAGAUUCCCCACCAUGAAUUGCCCCCAGGAAUAUCCAAUGAGGAUCAUAUUCAGGAAGAAGAUGCUGAGACUCAAAAGCUCUCCGCUACAAUGCACGAUUCAGACUCGGAUGAUGGUGAAAAAGGCCACGGUGUUGAACAGGUGGCUGAUUAUCUUGAUUCAUUUGAUCUAGCUAAUGGACUUGCCAAGCCAAACAUUAGCGAAAAGAAGGCUAAGGCAUCUUCUCAUAAACGCCACAAGAAGCCAGAGAGAAAAAAGGAUCGAUCGUGGCGGAUGGGAAACGAUGGUGGGGAUGGGAUGCCUGCAGUGAGAGUGUUGCAGAAGCCAAUAAACUCAGGCCCCUUGAAAGGUUAGUUAGUUGAUGUAUCUAUAUCAACUUUCAAGGCUUACUUUUGCAUCCUUUUAGUUUAAUGGAAAUGCUAAAAUCGAGGAUGCGCUAUUUCUCCUACUCUAAACUGCAACCGCGUGUGUGUAUAUUAUUACUUUUCUUUAAUGGGUUAUGAAAUUUAUUAUAGGUUAUACCAA